AUGAUGCAAGUGAAAACUUACACGGAAGUUCCAGCGGUUUCGCGGUCGAGUUCUCCUGAUAACUUCACAGUACUGAUAAAGCUCAAAGCUCCUGAUUCAAGCGAAGAAUCAUCGUCAUCUCGAGUACCUGUUGACCUGGUUACGGUUCCGGAUAUCAGUUUUAGCAUGGAAGGCACCAAGCUGGCAUUGUUAAAGCGGGCUAUGGGUUUUGUCAUCGAAAACCUUGGUUCUAACGACAGGCUUUCCGUGGUUGUCUUUACUGAAAAAGCUCUUCGUGUGUUUCCACUUAGUAGGAUGUCUGAAUCGGGAAAGCAGUUGGCCCUGAAAGAGUUUAACCGGUUAAAGGUUGAAUCUUGUACGAACAUUUCCGAAGGGCUGCGUUUGGGAGCCAUGGUGAUGGAAGGCCGGAGAUACAAGAACCCCGUUUCCAGUGUCAUGUUCUUAUCCGACGGACAAGAUACGCAUGGAUACAGUAACAUUGAUAUGAAGGGGAACUCGUUGCCGAGGAGUCACCUGAGUUGGGUUCAGAUUGAUUACAAGCCUCUUGUUCCGCCUUCCAUUAUAAACGAAAAGAUUCUGGUUUUUACAUUCGGGUUUGGAUCAGAUCACAACGUUUCGUUGAUGCAUUCGGUUUCGGAGAUGUCUAGAGGAACCUUUUCGUUCAUCGAGACGGAAAGCGUGAUCCAGGACGCGUUUGCUCAGUGCAUUGGUGGACUUUUGAGUGUUGCGGUGAAGGAGCUUCAGGUGAACAUUGAGUGCGUUGAUCCUAGAGUUGGACUUAGGUCAUUGAAAUCCGGAAGUUACCCAAAUCAAAUCACUCCAGAUGGACGGAUGGGGAAUAUUGAUGCCGGAGACUUGUAUGCUGAAGAGGAGCGGGAUUUCCUGGUUAUAGUUACGGUUCCAGCUGAAACUGAAUCUUCAACUACUGCAUUGUUGAAGGUGAGAUGUGUUUACAACAAUCCUUUGACCAAAGAAUUGGUGACGGUAAGAAGCGAAGAAGUUAAGAUCAGGAGACCUGAUCAAGUAGUUGGGCAACAAGAUCCAUGUGUUGAAGUGAUGAGGCGACAGAACAGGCUGCAGGUAGCAGAGGCGCUGGCGCUAGAUGCAGCUGAGAAAGGAAACCUGUCUAAUGCGGCAACCAUCCUUGGGAAUUGCCGGAAGAAGCUGUCAGAGAGUGCAUCGGCCAAGUGA